CAAUUCUGCUUUAGAGUUAUGUGAACCAGCUCCCGACUACAAGAAGUGAUAGUAAAAAAGGAAAAAUGGGCGACGCUGUGCGAAAGAUCAUCGUUUUGAACCUCGUGCUGGCCACCAUCACGGCGGACUUCACCACCAAUUGCCCCGAGAAGUGCAAGUGUGUGUGGGCGAGUGGGGACAAGCAAGCGGACUGCUCUCACGGCCACUACGACACCAUACCGAAGACUCUCAGCCCCGAUAUCCAGAAGCUAAAUCUUACUGGAAAUAGUCUAUACGAGAUAACCAGCCACGCCUUUCACGAUGUGGGCUUAAUAAACCUCUGGAAACUUACUCUUAGUGAAUGUAAGCUGCAGACGAUCCAGAGGAAUGGCUUCAAAGGGCUGGCCAUCAUGAUCGAGCUGGAUCUUUCGAAAAACGACUUGAAAACACUUCAUCCCGAUACGUUCAAAGAAACUCCUAAAAUAAGAUGGAUUUUGUUGAACGAUAACAAGUUGGAAAAAUUGGAUGAUGGUUUAUUCAGUAAUCUGGAUUUUUUGACCAAAGUCGAACUUAGCAAUAACAGGAUAUUCCAAAUCGGAAUGAAGACUUUCAUGAACGUACCGAAACUGAACGUCCUAAGGCUGGACGGCAAUAAACUCGAACAUGUAAAAGUAGACACCCUGAGCAAUCUGCCCUCUUUACUGAACCUCGACGUCCAAGACAAUCCUUGGCGAUGUGAUUGUUUCCUGCAACCUUUUAGGAAUUGGGUAAUAAGCAAGAAUCUACACUCCUCAGACGUUUUCUGCACGGAGCCUCCUAAAGUCCAUGGGAAAAGUUGGAAAGAUCUAGAAACCAACGACUUUGCUUGCCGACCUACUAUUAUCUAUCCGUCAACGAGUACCACCCUGAGGGUGUCUGAUUAUAACGUGACGCUGGCCUGUCAAGUGAACGGAAACCCAAUGCCUGAAGUGAAUUGGGUCCUCAAUGCGCAAAUCAUCGACGGCUUAUAUAGAUAUCAAGGAGAAAUCAAGUACUACAUAACGCAGAGUAGCAAAGAGUACUACAGCAAAUGGGUCAACCUAACAAUAACUAACGUGGAAAGUACUGACAGUGGGGAGUACUUGUGUGUAGCCAAAAAUGCUGGCGGUGUUGAAGAACGGAGCCUCACUUUAGUAGUCGCACAGACUCCGCCAGGAAUAGUGGUUCCUCAAGGCAUGAACAACAAUAUGCUGCCUGUACUUAUAGGAGUGUCCUGCACAGCUGCUAUUCUUUUAAUCAUCCUGGUUAUCCUCUGUUAUUGCUGCUGCAAAAGACGUAAUACUGAUAAAAAAGCAGAUAACACUAAUGGAGAAGCUUUGAUUGAGGGCUCAGUAAUCCCAGAGAUGGAGAAGAGUCUGAUAACAGCCGUGAACCCUGUGACGAAGCCUCCGAGGAGAUACGACGCGCCACCCUCUAUCAUGAGUGGAGCCACCGAGAUGUCGGAGCUCAACAAAACGUUGCUGGACAACGAUUCUGUGUUUGCUCAUAAUGAAGACGAAAAGCGCUCGCUGGGCUUCGAUCACAUGACGAAAAGGUCGCAGGACGCGCUUAACGUGGAGUACGGGCGGACUGAUGGAAGGGCGUACCCUCCCGACCUUCUCUCCUUCCCUCCUCGCGCUGCUCAGAUAUCCCCAGCAGCCAGCAACGCGUCCACCGUCCCCGACACCAGCAGGCUGCCUCCUCAACUCAAUCCUGUCAGUCCCAUCCACUCGCCGAUUUAUGGCAUGACCACUAACCAAAACCUUUUCAGAACCCUGCCGUACUCCCGGUCUCAGUCACCCUUCACGGCUCCAAUAACGCCGCCAGUCGUGACUCCUCGGCAAGGCUAUGUCACCAUUCCCAGAAGACCGCGGGUGCCCAGCUGGUCCAGUACAGCCAGCACUCAGAUCCUGCCAAGCACUGAAGCUCAAGAGCCUUUGUAUGAUAAUUUAGGAUUGAGGACCACAGCUGAUGGAAGUUCGGUGCUAUCUCUAAACAAAGCCGGUUUGGAUAACCAGUUUUCGCCGAUGAGGAAUCGGCCACUGCCAGCUACCCCGACGGUUUACCAGAACCCUCAUCCAGUGUACUACGCCCCGAUUGAAGAACAGGAGCCUGCGCCGUCUCCAGUCCCGCAACAGCAUAACCCAAGGAACAGCAUCAGCUCUCAACUCUCUACCCAGCUCUCAACGCCUGGUCCUCAGGAACCAGUCAACCGCAUGAGCUGGACAGCGAAGAAUACAUCUACUCCCCAACCAGAAUCACGGAAGACUUUGUUCAACGAUGCACCUUCAGAGACUUUGAUACGAAAGGGCAAGCCGGAGACUGGCUCUCUGAGGCGACCAAGAGUGGAGAGCAAGGAAGAACCAAGUUCUCCGUCUAAAGACGAGAAGAAGAACGAGAGUAAUGUGUCGUUGAACCAGUCGGGAACGCUCGGCAGAAGCGGGAAGAUCCCGCCGCGACCUCCUCCCAAGCCGAAGAAGAAGCCCAGCACCGAGGUAAACCCCAACGAGCCUCUGUUUGAAGACGAGGGCGAAGACGGCACAGAAGUGUAGUAGUUGGAUGGACUAGGAAUUCCUAACCAAAGUGCCAAUGGAGGUUUAGUGAACGUUCUUUAAACAUUGAUAGAUAAGAAUCGAUUUAAUGUUGAACGUAGGCCAAGCGCCGCGGAUGAUCUACUGCUGUACUUGGCAAGUGAGUACAGUUCUAACGUGUUGAAUUAUCGAUUAGAUGUCGGUAGCAUCACGCACCGACGCAAAAGGAACAAACAGUGUAAAAAGUGUAACAUUGGCCGCGUCGGCCUCGGACUGAGUGUAGUGACCGAACGAAGUGCAAUCCAAACAUUGGGAUGUGACUGGGUGCUCGUGUAUAUAAACUGACGCUAGAUUUUAUACCUUGUAUCGUACAGAAUACGGACCAUUUUUUAUUAUCGCAUCAAAUCUGUAACGUUAAGUAUUUAUUGGUAUGUUUGUGUAAUCACUCGGCUGUAGCUUCCUCCGACCGUGGCGUGGUCGAAGACUGAUCUAAAUUAACUUGUUACAUUCCUACACAUUCGCUGAUUUCCGAUUCCACAGUUCAGCUAGCUUAGACGUUACAAGACUGAAGUAUCGCUUGGCGAUCGUUGAUCACGUCAACUAUCUACUCAAGCGUCUCACUCUCAUACUGUAUUUUCUUUGUCUUCAUUGGUUCUCAUUUAUGAUUGGCAAUGACAGAUUAGUGCCCGUUUUUAAGGGGCCUCUAACGGCUAACACUCGUCAGCAUUUUGAUGCUUGCCGUGGGUCCGCCAUUAGGGGCCCCUAAGUUAAGAUAUGUUAGUUAAAGACGGGCGUAAGUAAUGGUAAUUUAUAAGCUUCAGUUGUAACAGAAAACGUUAAGUAAUGAAAGCCCCCACCAAUUCAGUCGAUUUCUCAUUUUGCUAAAAUGUCUAACUUCGCCAGUUGUAAGUUAUAAUAAUUUUAGUUUACAAGGCUGUAUGGUAUGACAGAUCGAGUUAGCUCGGAAUUAUAGUUCCUAAAGCAAUGUAUAGUAUGCUCGGGCUUCAUUGUGCAAUAUACUGACAGCAUGACAUUCAAAUCAUACAUGUCUAAUUCUCAGUUUCUUAGCUCAAAACUACCUAUUGGUUCCAAAGUUCAAAAUCGAUCAAACGUUGAACAAAGUUAAAUAAAUCUGUGUAUUCAAUAAACUAUAAUAAUAAACCAGUCAUCAAAAAUCGGUUUUUCUAAAAACAUAUUUGUAAAUUAUUCAUUACUAAUAAUCUAUCUAUUUGACUCUCCGGUUGAAACUUACAUCUCUGCCUACAAGGCGUGGACGUAACUUCUUGCCAAUGAACAAUAAAGCCCGGUCACACUUUUUUAUGUAAAGAGCAGUUUUGGGGUCUGUGUGACCUCUUAAAGUACAGCUACAGAUAUGGUAGCUAUUAGUUUUAAUAUUAUUUUACUGUGGUGCUUAUUCUAUCAUGUGCUAUACGACGUUGCUCGCGUUUGUUGAAUACUGGAAAAAUAACCAGUGAGAUUUUGUAACAAUUUUGAUAAUAGAACUUGCAAUGUAAAUAAUGAAAUAAUUUACAAUUAACUUGGACUGGAUAUAUAGUUAUUUUAACAGUAUAUUUAUUGGAAAAAGAAACAGAUUUUUAGGCAAUAGCCCUGAAAUAAUGUCCUACUUGAGCAUGGGCUUCCUCUGCCAAUAAUUUUAAACUCUCAUCAAGUUUUUCAAUACUUUCCUCACGAUGGUUUUCAUCAAAUUGCAAAAUUACAUUAUAAGUUCUAUUGGCAAUACGUUACAAAUAUCCAGUUACGUUAGAUUAUAUGCUAUCAAAGUUCAAUGCACAGACACACAAAUUGUUUUUAUGUAAGUAGAUGACAAGCACUGAAUAUAAUAUGACAAAUAAUGUAUGGUGUCUAACAUGUUUUUAUCUUUUAAACAUUUAUUUUUUUGAUAAAUGUAUAUGUCAAUGAAAUAUUAUGAAAUGUAUGUUACUUUUAACCGACUGCGCGAAAGGUUUUAACUGUAAUAUAUUGGAAUAAAUGUAUAUUACUGAUGGUCCUAGCGAGUCCCAUGGCAGUGUUAUGAGGGUCACAAAAUAAAUAUUGUAAAUCAUAAAUAUGUCCCGAAGCGGGAAUCGAAUCUCGUACUGGACUACAGAGGUUCCGCAUGAAUGUCAUAAAUCUGUCGCUUGGGAGAUUUUAGCAAUAAUUGUAAAGGGCAGCACAACGAUAACAAUUGUACAGUUAUGUCCGAAAAACGAGAAAGGCUUACGCAGAAGUCCACCUCGUCCCAUUCCCCAAAAUCCCUCAUCAAUCCCUUUUUAACCCACAAUUCUGGUAUAGUGUGGUGACCCUACAAGCGAUUUUUACCAUACGCUAUAAAAACAACCGUCACAAUGUCCCCACAAUUACAAUAAAAUGGACAUUCCGGCUGGCAGUUGAAAUUCCCGUAAUUUCACAAAGUGUGGACAUUACCGACGCUUAUUUUGUUUCGUAUCCGAAGGUACUUUGCUAUACUUUACAACAUUUACUGUAGACAUUCAAUUAUAUAGAUAUAAGCUGCUAUGUACAUACGGACAUUAUUGAAAGUGAUUAAAACUCUAUUUCAGUA